AUGAAGAAAAAUUCCAAAGAACUUGCUUUACAUUAUAAAAAACUUCUACAAAGUGGCCACAAUUCUGAUGUAAUUAUUCGCUUUGGCCAAGGAGAGAAUUUAAAAGAUCUUUAUGCUCAUUCACUUAUUUUAAAAGAGCGAGCUACCUUCUUUAAUAUUGCUCUUUCUAGUAGAUGGGCUAGGAGAGAAAACAACUUUUUCAUUAUUGAAAUAAAAGAUGACGUGUCAAUAAAUACAUUUAAAACUGUUUUAAGUUACAUAUAUACUACUGAAAUUUCUUUAGAUGAAUUAAGUGGUAUUGAGAUUUUGGAACUUUUAGUUGAAAUUGAUAAAUUACUACUUAAUGAAGGAAUUAGUGGAAAAUUAAAUUCUUAUGUAUAUGAAAAUUUGGAAAAAAUAAUACGAAAAAAGGAUAUAAAUACCUGGGAAAGUGAUGAUUAUAUUCCAUUUAAAAACGCAAUUAAUGAAUUUAUUCCUUUAAUUCGAUGGUUCCAGAUUUCAAAUAAAGAAUUUAAACAAAAUAGACAACUUCUUAAAAAUGUAUUACCAGAUGAUUUGUUUAACAGCAUUUUAACCUAUCACUUGGAUCCUAGUUCUCUAUUAACGAAUACCAGAUUCUUGGAACCAAGAUAUGCUUCAAAUUAUGUAUCAUCUGAACCAACAAUCAGAUGUGAAUCAUUUUUUAGUUCAUAUGAGGAUCUUGUCAAUAUUAAUGAAACGCUGUUUACAACUAAUGACCAUGAUAUAAUCAUUCGCGUUAGCAAUGAUAUUGGUUUCAAAGAUUUUUAUGCUCAUUCAUUAAUCUUAUGUGCACGUUCCUCUUAUUUCAAAACUGCCUUUUCUAAUAUUAAUCAAGAUGAAAAACCUUUUAUUUUUCCAAUUCAAGAUAUCUCUACGGUUGUUUUUGAAGUUAUUUUCAGAUAUUUAUAUACUACUGAAUUUGAUCCUAUAAAAUUGAAUGGUGCCAACACCUUAAUGCUCAUUGUAGCUGCAAAUAAGAUGGACCUCGAUGUUAUUAUCAAUUACCUAUUAUUACCUACAAAUUUUGCUGAAUCUACUUUAAGAAAGCUAAAUGGCGGUGAUGUUUUAAAACUUUUGAUGAUUAAUGAAUUAAAAAUUCAAAAUGCUAUUAAUAAUAUAUUAUCUGAAAAUGACAUUGCACGGGCCAUCUUAGAAAAAUUGAAUGGUGCUCAAGUGUUAGAAAUAAUAGAAAAGACUGAGGAGUUGCAAAUUCAAAAAGCAAUUGCCAAUAAAUUAUCAAAUAAGGAUUUCAUCAAUAAUAUCCUAUACAAAUUUAAUGCGCAUGAUAUUUUAAAGUUCACGAAAAUAUCAAACGAUACAAAAUAUAGAAAAACUAUUGAUGAUUUGUUAACAAGUGCUGAUUUUAUUCAAAUUAUCCUUUAUAAAUUGAAUAUUGGACAAUUUUUACAAUUCAUGAAAGCGGCCACUGAAUUACAAAAUAACUUAAUUGUUAUUAAUCUGUUCUUAAAUGAAAACUUUAAGUUGAUAGUAAAAACAUUUAAUGGGGCUGAAAUUUUCCGCAUAUUAAUAGAAGCUAAUGUCUUGAAACUUCAAAAUUUAUUUUCCGACAUGACAACUUAUAUAGAUCAAAAUUUAGAAAAUCUUCUUCAAGAUGAUGCUGUUGGU